UAUGUGGCAUGUGCACUUCUAGGUCCUAUAUGACCUAUGUUCAUUAUUUUAAAUUUUAAAUUUUGGUGUGGAAUUGGGUGUGCUGUAUUAAAAUAUCUUAAUUUUAGGCCCUGGGUAGGUCCUCGACUGUAUGGGCCUUCUCUAAACAAUAGCGUAUGCAGCUGAAUAUAGCUUCGGCCACUGGUCAGAGCUAGGUCUAGUCUUUAUUCACGCUUGACGGUAACACUAAUCUAAUUCACUGUUGAACACUAACGUUUGACACGUGUAGGUACCUACCCUCAAUUUGUAUUUUGUUAUGAUGCGACUGCGAUAAUAUUCACCAAUGGGUAUAGAUACCAAGAAUGCCAUUCUUUUCUAUGAUCAGUGAUGACUUUCACGAUAUUUUACCGGGGACUGGAGAGGAUGAACGGCGAGUGAUUCUGUCCUGUAUCUAUUUAUAUAUAUAUGGAUAUAGACGAUUCCGUGACAAUUGUAACAAUGGCGGAUAUAUUCUAGUUCUGAAGAGGGAAGGGUAAAUUUAAAAUCACCAGUCCAUUACAUCUGAAUCCGUGGUUGUAGCCAAUAUUGUAAUAAUGUGUAAUAAUGUGCAGUGGUAAAAUACGAGGGUGGAAAAUUGCAAUCAAAUUUGAAUUAACUUAGCGAACAUUUCCCUAAACAUAUGCCUUGCCUACUUUAAAUAGUACUUUUACAUUUAAUAACGAUAAAAAUAUGAAAAUACAGAGAUGCGUGUGUUAAGGAAAUGUUAAGAUAUAGAUACUAGACUACCUACAUACUAGGUACUGGGUAUAGUAGGUAGGUACUAGGUAGUAACUUCACAUUAAAAAAAAAUAGUAUUAAAUGAUAAUUAUUUUAAUUAAAGAUAAAUAUAAUUUAUCAAGAAAUUAGGAUCAAGGCGGCAAGACACAAUUACUAUUAACAUUAAAUGAAUAACAAUUAUUUUAACAAUCAUACAUCAUAAUACUUUUGAUAUUUAUUGUAGGUAAUUAAAUAUAGAGGAGAAGUACUGGCACCAUAGUUCCUCCUCCAGUCCUCGAUACCACAAUAAAAAAAAAAAAAAAAAGGUAAUUAAAUAUAAAGUAAACUAUUAUAGUUGUAUAAAAAAUAUUCUACAAUUAAUGUACAUCACUAAAAUUACUUGAAUUUAGAUAUGCGUGUUUGUACCAUUACUUUUAUGAAGAAAAAUAGCAAAAUAAUAUAAUAAACUAUUAACUACCAUUUAAUUCGUUGGAUAGGCAGUUGUGUAUGAAUAUUAUAAAGAUUCAACAACGGUAACCAUAGAAACUGGCCGAGACAUAAGUAUAAGAGAAGAAACAAUAUUUGAGACCUAUAAUAAAAUUAUUAUAGUUGAAUUACUAUUUUAUGUACCUACUAUUGUACUAUGUAAGUAUGUAAAUAGUUAUAGACUUUAUUAAAAAUAUGGAAUCAUACUUGGACGAGGUAAACAACAACAGAAAUAUGGGUAUAACAACACUAUUGGAGGAUACUGUCAAAAACAGAAAUUUGGAUCAAAUCACUUCACUUAAAUUACAAGCUCCUAUGUCUGUAAAUCGUUUGUGUAUGCUGGGUACAUAUGUGCCAAAUUUAGUGGAGCUUGAUUUAACAGACAGUUUUCUUCCGUCAUUCAGAGAUUUUGCUUUUAAACUUGAUAAUUUGAAAGUUCUAAAAGUAGCCUCAUGCAACCUAAAGUCAUUGGAUGGAGUUUGGAACAUACCAAAUGUAGAAGAGUUAUUUGCCUCUGACAAUGAUAUUAGUGACCUAAUGCUAUGCUCUACACUGGUUAAACUCACCACUCUAGACUUAUCUAGAAAUAAAAUCAUGGAUUUGACAAGGUUACACUUUUUAAACUUUUGCGAACAAUUACGAUGUUUAUCAUUGUCGGGAUGUCCAGUGGCUAAAGUUGAAAAUUUCGAGAAAAAUGUCCGCAACAUUUUACCAAACUUAAAUCAUUUUAAUGGAAAUCAAACUUCAGAAAUUGAACAAGUUAAACCCAAAUUGACCAUUGAAUCAAUUGUUUGUGGCAAUAUUACUGCAGCAUUACGAAGUAGAAAAACCAACUACAGUGGAAAUAAGGAUGUACGGUUUGGAGAUAUACAUAAAGUAUCUAAUGAUGACAAGAAGUAAAUAAAUGAUAUUAUGGAGUAGAGAACAGUUCUAAAUUACAAAACUAGUUUAACA